AUGGCAGGCAUUGUCACUCCCGAUAUUCCAGAGGUGGGCCAGCUGGACCCCGAAUCGUUCGGCAAAGACGACUGGAUCAUCUUAUUCGCGUUCGGUGGGAUUAGGGAACAUGUUCCCGUCAUCAAGAUGGAUGAAGAGCGCCACCGAGAGUUUCUCAAGUUGCGUCAGGCCCAGUCGAUACCUAUCGGGGUUGGGCUUGUCAAGAUCUCAAUCACUUACUUUCUACUGCGUCUUGUGACGAGGAAAGCUUACAGGUGGUUCUUGGAAGGCUUCAUUUUCUUCAUGGUAUUCUUCACUGCUGCUUGCAUCGGAACACUAGCCGUAACCAUUACGGCGAACUUUGUCUUGGCCGUUCUACCUAUACCACUCAUCAGGCAAUUACAACUUAACGGAUGCACAAAUAUCACGCUAGUCUGUAUCCUGGCCCUGGGUCUAUUCGCCGGCGUUGCCGCCAUCAUCAAGUCCGAACAGCAAAAAGCCAUCCUCUCCGACCCUGAUCCGUUUGUGCUCGAUAGCUUCACCAUGUGGAGGCUUCUCGAAUACAACGUUGGAAUCAUUGCAGCGUCGCUUCCGUCGCUCCGAUCCUUGUUCAGAAAGUUUCUCAACACUGGCACUCGAGGUACACCGCCGACUUUAGGCCUCCGGGUGCCAAUCACGUCGCGACACUCGACGCGGAUUAAGCCGGCGGAUGAGGAUGAAGUUCCGUUGGAAGAUUGCAAAAGGAUUGGUAGUACAGUGGAGAUUUCGACCGGAUCUAAGACAUUAAAUGAUGCCAAAGACAGGGAUGAUAGUGUUUACUCACUCGCGUCUCAAACCAUGUAA